AUGUGCGGCAUACUCUUCUCAUUGACGUCCCGGGACGAUCCGAUCGACUCGAGCGUGUGGCAAUCGUUGAUCGAUCUCAACACCAAACGAGGGCCCGAUUCUCAAACGACACGAGAGGCAAACGUUGGUCAAGGGCAGAACCUUGUGGCUCAGUUUUUUUCAUCUGUACUUCAUCUUCGUGGAACAAGCAAGGUUGUGCAGCCAUUGGAAUCAACAACUUCGGGUGAUAUCUUGUGCUGGAAUGGUGAAGUCUUUGAUGGAUUGCCGAUGUCAACAGAAGAAAAUGAUACUCAAGUCUUAUUUGGCCAAUUGGGGGAGGCAGAUGAUAUCCUUAAAGUAAUCUCACGCAUUGAAGGUCCAUUUGCAUUUGUGUUUUGGCAGCAACGUACCAAUACGAUAUGGUUUGGCCGUGAUUGCUUGGGACGUCGAUCGCUUUUAUGGAGAAGAACCGAUACCUCGUUGCUCAUUUGUUCGACUGCUAAGCGUUGGGAAUCUGAAGAAGAACGAUCCAUGUGGGAAGAAAUACCUGCCAACGGGGUUUACGGGAUUCAUUUGGAUGGGUCAUCCAUAUCAUCAUCAUUACGCAAAGAGGAGGUGUUCAAUAUCGAUAAUCAUCCAGUCUAUCUGUAUCCAUGGAUUUCACCUGAUGAUGACCAUGACAAUCUCGAUCGUGAUUCCUCAUUAGUUCUUGCCUUUCCCAAAUUGAAUCGGGCGAUACCAUCCAAACCAAUGGCAGAGCAACUCCUGGAACCCGUUUUGGAAGAUGUAGCUAUGAUGCACGAUCAUGUGAAAGCAUUUCAAAAAGUGCUCGAUGAGGCUGUCAGGGUGCGUGUUGCGGAUAUCCCGUUUCACAGUGCAGACCACGACCAACCACGCGUGGCCAUUUUGUUUUCGGGUGGGCUCGACUGCAUUUGUCUUGCAGCAUUAGCCGAUAAGCAUUUACCCAUCCAUGAGCCCAUCGACUUGCUGAACGUUGCCUUUGAAAACCCACGAUCCCAGAACGCAAAAAAGAACAAGCAAAACAACCCACCAUCUGCUGCUGCUGAUGCUACUGCUACCUAUGAUACCCCUGACCGCAUUACUGGAAGAGAGGGUGUGCAGGAAUUAAGGUUGAUCUCACCCAAACGACAAUGGAACUUUGUUGAAAUCAAUGUCCCUUAUCAUGAAGCAAUGGCCCAUCGUCAAGAAAUUAUCGAUCGCAUGUUCCCGUUGGACACGGUGAUGGAUUUGAGUAUUGCUAUGGCGUUGUGGUUUGCUGCACGAGGAAAAGGAGAGAUCAAUGAUGAUGACAACAUAAAGCCGUACCACAGUCAUGCACGUGUCUUGAUUUCUGGUCUUGGUGCCGAUGAGCAAUUAGGAGGGUAUUCGCGUCACCGAGAAGCAUUUCGACGUGGUGGUUGGGAGCAGUUGAUUGAUGAGACACAACUCGACGUUGAUCGUAUCUCCACACGAAACUUGGGUCGUGAUGAUCGCAUCAUUUCGGAUCAUGGAAAGGAAGCAAGAUUCCCGUAUUUGAGCACACACGUCGUUAAUCAUCUUUGUCAACUCCCGAUUGAUAUCAAAAUGGACAUGCGAUAUGGUCGUGGCUUUGGUGAAAAGUUGUUGCUGCGGCAAGUGGCGGUUGAUCUAGGUCUCUCCAAAGCUAGUCGCAAUUGGAAACGUGCUAUACAAUUCGGUGCAAAGACCGCCAAGAUGACAGGCGAUCGUAGAUCAGAAAAGGGACAACACAAGUUGGAAAGUUAA